AUGUUACGUAAUCGCAUUAUACAAUUACUACAAAAUGAUUAUCCUAUGUUGGCACCUUUUGUAUUGUCCAGUUUUAGUACCACCAAAGUAUUUAAAAGAAGAGAACGAGACAAAUCUUGUGAACCAAUCCCUGUAGCUGUUGUAUUAUGCAGUUGCGGCUACCUUGAUGGUACCGAAAUAUCAGAAGCUGUUUCAGCGACCAUACAUUUAUGCCAGAAAAACCUGAAGCCCGUGUUUUACGCGCCGGAUAUAGACAUUUGUGAAAUUAGUGAUCAUUUAACUAAAAAGGCAGAUAAAAAUGCGUCUUCUAGAAACGCUUUAGUUGAAGCAGCCCGUCUGGCUAGAUCAGACAUAAAACCGUUGUGCACAUGUGAAUCUUGCAAACAUGGCGCACUUGUUAUUCCUGGAGGAUUUGGUGCUGCAAAAACGCUGAGCAAUUUUGCUACAAAAGGUGCCGAUUGCACAGUACAUCCUGAGAUAGAGAAAGUUAUCGAAGAUUUCUCUUGUGAUAAGAAACCAAUUGGAGCAAUUUGUAUUUCAAGUGUUCUUGUAGCAAGAGUGCUACAAGGCGUUAAAAUUACACUUGGGAAAGAAUCACCACCAGAAGAGUGGCCACACGCGAAUGCUAUUGAACAAGCUAAAAAUAUGGGUGCCAAAGUGGAAAUGAAAGACGUAAAAGGCGUCACUAGAGAUAAAAAGCAUAAUGUCUUCAGUACUCCGGCUUGGAUGUACAAAUGUGCCACUUACGCAGACAUUCACAGUGGUAUUGGAAAUUUGAUCGCUAUGAUGAAAAAGCGUAUCGAUUAGAAUUUUUUAUGACGUAGUGGAUAGAAGUGUAUACGUUAAGUGUAUUUGUAACUGAGAAGUUUUGUACUGUAACGACUUGUAAUCAAGUA